AUGCGUCCGCCGUCCCGCCGUGCCUCCGCGCAGCCAGCGGCGAGCGCGGCGAGUGCGCGCCAUGGCGGGGACCGCCGGGGCGGUCGAGAGCGCGGCAUCAGCAGCGCUGCGCGCGGUGCUGCAGCGAGUGGCGCAGGCAGCGGAACGGGCCGGCAGGAACGCCGGACAGGUGUGAUUGCGUGUGGUGUGAUGGUGGGUGGUGUGAUGGCGGGUGAUGUGAUAGCGGGCCGUGUGAUGGCGGGUGAUGUGAUAGCGGGCCGUGUGAUGGCGGGUGAUGUGAUAGCGGGCCGUGUGAUGGCGGGUGAUGUGAUAGCGGGCCGUGUGAUGGUGGGUGGUGCGGAAGGGGUCACCAUGCAAUGCAUGUGGAGAGGAGGCAGCCGCGGUGCAGGUGCUGCAGCGAGUGGUGCAGGUGCUGCAGCGAGUGGUGCAGGCAAAAGAAGGUGCGGGCAAAAGAAGGUUCGGGUGGUGGCGGUGAGUAAGACCAAGCCUGUAUCGUUGCUUCGGGAGGUGUACGAUGCGGGGCAGAGGCACUUUGGGGAGAACUACGUGCAGGAGAUAUUGGACAAGGCGCCUCAGCUUCCACCAGACACCAAGUGGCAUUUCAUUGGUCACCUGCAGAGCAACAAGGCCAAGAGUCUCGUGUCAGGAGUGCCGAGCCUCUACAUGGUUGAGACAGUCGACAGCAGCCGGAUUGCCAACCACCUGAAUAAGGCCGUGGCAGCAGCAGGGCGGCCUCCCUUGCGUGUGCUGGUGCAAGUCAACACGAGCGGAGAGGAGAGCAAGCACGGAGUGGACCCAUCAGCCUGUGUCGACCUGGUACGGCACGUCACAUCCGAGUGUCCAAACCUCUGCUUCUCAGGGCUCAUGACAAUCGGCAUGCCCGACUAUUCCUCCCGUCCCGAAAACUUCAAGGCGCUUGCCAGGUGUCGAGCGGAGGUGUGUGAGCAGCUAGGGCUCACACCGAGCGAGUUGGAGCUAUCCAUGGGCAUGUCAAACGACUUUGAGCAGGCG